GCGGCGUUGUGGACGUCCCGGCGGCCUAAGCACGGGAGGGAGUCCUGGGCCGCGCCCCGCGAGGCCGGGCCCAGGCCGGGCCAAUCUCGGACCACUGGGCCGGCGAACACGGGUCCUGGCUGGCCCGCCCGAGAGCCUGGGGGUUGGGGACAAUGGGCUAGUUCCUGGUGCGUCACGGGGGAGUUCCUUAAAGGGGAAGUGAGCCGGGCUUCGAGGCGAGCGCGGAGUGCGGUAGUCGACGGGGGAGGCCCCCGCGCUUUAAAAUAAUGCCCGCGGCGCCCGCGCGACCAUGCAAUGGCGAGCGCUCCUCCUGGGGCUGGUGCUCCUCCGGCUUGGCCUCCAUGGAGUAUUGUGGCUCGUUUUCGGGCUGGGGCCCAGCAUGGGCUUCUACCAGCGCUUUCCGCUCAGCUUCGGCUUCCAGCGUCUGAGGAGCCCCGACGGCCCCGCGUCGCCCGCCUCGGGCCCCGUGGGCCGGCCUGGGGGACUGUCGGGGCCGUCGUGGCUGCAGUCGCCGGGAACCGGGGCGGCGCGGGGCCCGCGGCAGGCUCCGCGGCGUCCCGGGCCGGGAAUGUGCGGCCCGGCCCAUUGGGGCUACGUGCUGGGCGGCCGGGGCCGCGGCCCGGACGAGUACGAGAAGCGCUACAGCGGCGCCUUCCCUCCGCAGCUGCGUGCCCAGAUGCGCGACCUGGCACGGGGCAUGUUCGUCUUUGGCUACGACAACUACAUGGCGCACGCCUUCCCCCAGGACGAGCUCAACCCCAUCCACUGCCGCGGCCGUGGGCCUGACCGCGGGGAUCCUUCAAAUCUGAACAUCAAUGAUGUACUAGGGAACUACUCAUUGACUCUUGUUGAUGCAUUGGAUACACUUGCAAUAAUGGGAAAUUCAUCUGAGUUCCAGAAAGCAGUCAAGUUAGUGAUCAACACAGUUUCAUUUGACAGAGAUUCUACCGUCCAAGUCUUUGAGGCCACGAUAAGGGUUCUGGGAAGCCUCCUUUCUGCUCACAGAAUAAUAACUGACUCCAAGCAGCCCUUUGGUGAUAUGACAAUUAAGGAUUAUGAUAAUGAGUUGUUAUACAUGGCUCAUGACCUGGCCGUGCGGCUCCUCCCUGCUUUUGAAAACACCAAGACAGGAAUUCCAUUUCCUCGGGUAAAUCUAAAGACAGGAGUUCCUCCUGACAGCAAUAAUGAGACGUGCACAGCGGGAGCUGGUUCCCUCCUGGUGGAAUUCGGGAUUCUGAGCCGACUGCUGGGGGACUCCACAUUUGAGUGGGUGGCCAGACGAGCAGUGAAAGCCCUUUGGAACCUCCGGAGCAACGAUACAGGAUUGCUAGGCAACGUUGUGAACAUUCAGACGGGCCAUUGGGUUGGAAAGCAAAGUGGCCUGGGUGCUGGGCUAGACUCCUUCUAUGAAUACCUCUUGAAAUCGUACAUUCUCUUUGGAGAAAAAGAAGACCUAGAAAUGUUUAAUGCUGCAUAUCAGAGUAUUCAGAACUACUUAAGAAGAGGGCGGGAAGCCUGCAAUGAAGGAGAAGGAGACCCCCCACUUUAUGUCAAUGUGAACAUGUUCAGUGGGCAGCUGAUGAACACCUGGAUUGACUCUCUGCAGGCCUUUUUCCCUGGACUGCAGGUGCUCAUAGGAGAUGUGGAAGAUGCCAUCUGCCUUCAUGCCUUCUACUAUGCCAUAUGGAAACGAUAUGGUGCCCUCCCUGAGAGGUAUAACUGGCAGCUGCAGGCCCCCGAUGUUCUCUUCUACCCACUGAGACCAGAGUUAGUGGAAUCCACAUAUCUCCUCUACCAGGCAACCAAGAAUCCCUUCUACCUCCAUGUAGGAAUGGAUAUUCUGCAGAGUCUGGAAAAGUACACAAAAGUCAAGUGCGGGUAUGCCACGCUGCAUCACGUCAUCGACAAGUCCACAGAGGACCGGAUGGAGAGCUUCUUUCUCAGUGAAACCUGUAAAUACUUGUAUCUGCUGUUUGAUGAAGACAAUCCAGUACACAAAUCUGGAACCAGAUACAUGUUCACAACAGAGGGACACAUUAUAUCUGUGGACGAGCAUCUUCGAGAAUUGCCAUGGAAGGAAUUCUUCUCUGAAGAAGGAGGGCAGGACCAAGAGGGAAGGUCUGUGCACAGGCUGAAACCUCACGAGUUAAAAGUCAUCAACUCCAGCUCCAACUGCAAUCGUGUACCUGAUGAGAGGAGGUACUCCCUACCUUUAAAGAGCAUCUACAUGCGACAGAUUGACCAGAUGGUUGGCUUGAUUUGAUCUGCUCUCUGUGAGGCCUCAUCUUGAACCAGACCUUAACAACCGAACCCAGACCAUGCCAAAGUCCAGUCUGAAAUGGAAGGGGAUAGAAGUCUCACUGUCCAUGAUGGUGUAGGAAUUUCUGUGCAGCGCCUCACCACAUCUGGUUAAUUCGUGCACACUUCACUGUUUCUCUCCUGUAAAAUAAAAUGCCCUGUUAAGGAUAUAAUUUGAAGUGAGAAGGUACAUGGAAAUUGGCCUCUUAUGACAUGCUGCUGUUAUAAGCACAAUAGAUGGGGCAUCUUUGGAUUGAUGUUCACAGCUUUAUACUUUAGAACCUAAGUCUCUUCACUUUGCUAGUAUCUGCUAUACUGGAGUAUUGCUACUUUAAAAACAUUUUUAUUACUUAUAUUUAUUUUUUUUGAGACAGGGUCUUGAUACUUUUUUGAGACAGGGUUACCUGGGUUCAAGUGAUCCUUCUUGCCUCAGCCUCUCAUGUAGCUGGGAUUACAGGUGUGCACCACUGUACCUGGCUAGCUACUUCUUUGUUAGAGGAUUGGAAGUAAAAUUUCUGCAAAAGGGCCUGUGGUUAACUUGGUGUCCCUACUUAAUUGCAUUGAAAAUGUCAUCCUUUCUGUUACUGGAUAACUAGGCUCUGCCCCUGAUAUCCAAGCAUGAUUUUGGAUCACAUGGGGGAAAAAAGUCAUCUACUUUUUCAUGUAUGCCCCAAGUAAGCUUCACAGUGUUACAAAUUAUUUGCUUAGGAAUAAUGGCCUUAACCAGAAUUCUUAACAGAUAGUCACUUAAGUUAUUAUGUCAUGGUCUAAGAGGUUAACUGAUAGAUCUUUUGGAUGGUAUUUUGCAUUUUGAAUAUGAACUUACCUGAGGAACUCCCAUAGUUCCAGAACCAGGUGCCUUUUAGGGAGAGAACAAUACCUAAGAUCGUCAAGCUUCCAUCUUUCUUAUAUUUCCUAAGCAAGGAUUCUCAGUUCUGACCGUGUUUGGGUUAGAGUUCUGUUUUGUUUUUGUUUACUAUGUCUAGUGCCAAUUAGCUAAAUCAGGGAGAAAGAAAUGAUCACACAACUUUUUAGUAUCCUUGAGCCAUUUCUCUGUGUAACACAGGCUAUAGAUUAGUGCCUUAUAGGGUUUUGGUUUUGGCCACUGAAUAUCACAGCUACUGCUGUGUUUUCAAGAGGCCUGUUUAGCCACAUGGUGGGACCAUGAUGAAAGGGGGAUGGAAAUUGGCCAGUCUUUGCCUUCAACCUGUGUAAGUAAGCAUGUAAAAGGAGGAAGUUGUGCUAAAAUGCCUUCUUUCUUUUUUUGUUAUUUUCUUAGCCAGAACAUCUCUAUUGGAACCCACACUGAUAUGUACCUGCUACUCCUACACAGUGGAGCAGGGUUGACCUCUAGUCUAGCUUCCAUGAAGCCUCAUGGGUGGAAAUGCAUUCUGGUAGAAAGAAUAGGAAAUCCCUAAAACUUCCAGCCUCGCAUGCCACAGUUCUCACCUGCCACUGUUUGCCCACCUCUAAGGAUUUCAUGUACAUCUUUUCAAAGCUAAAAAUAAACACUGUCUAAGCUUAUGUUGCAUUUUUAUUCAAAAGGGAGAAAUCCUAUUCCUUUUUGAAAAUUUUAAGUGUUAAUGGUUUUAAAAAUAGAUAAUGUAGUUCAGUUCUUUGAGAUUUUUGAAAAGAGGAUUUUCAGUAAUGUAUCAUCUCUGUCUUUUAAACAUUUAUUACAUAGUUGUUUUAAAAUAGAAAAAAUAAAAUGCUUCUAUUUUACCUUUUUCAUUUCAGAAGCACUAUUCUGUUUAUUAACAGUGUCCCAUCUACUGCAUAGAAAACUUUGAGAAUAGUAUAUAUAUUUUAAAUGUUUUCAUUGACUCACUAAAAAUGUUAAAUGCAUAUACACGCAUACACAUGAGCAUACUUGUACCUUUGUCUCUGGGCAAACAGAGGUGGGACUGUUAGUGGCCCAUUUGGGAAAAUAGAGCACCUCAGAGAAGGAGGUGAGUUCUUCAUGCCUGUGAUUUCUCUUUUGGCGCUCCCCUCCUCCUGCUGUGGCUUCCAUGGUGGCAGUGGUGGGUAAGCACUCCAGUAUUCUCUUAUUGAGGUGCUUUGCCUGUCACUUGAGCAAGCUCGGGCAUUCCUUCCUCCUCAUGCUCCUGGAAUAGGGAACAGGGAUCUCGUGCUUGCAGUGCACAGAGUGCCACAGGUGCCUCUCAGGGGCCACAGGCUGCCAGGAAACAUGUUUUAUGUUAAGUCACAAACCCUCUUGAGUUCUGGGUACUGGAAUUCAUACCAAUGGGUGAGACUGAGGGUGAAUGAGUUAGUGCAUAUUAAUCUUGGUUGUUGAGCUUCCAGACCUACCCAGUCCAAAGUUUGAUGCUAUGUAGUCAGUGGUUUGUGGGGCUGGAUGCCAGAAGUCUGUCUAGUGCCCAUUGUAAAAAGAAGGUUUGUGGAGCCAGCUUCAAAGGUUACUUGUUUUCUUUUUGAAAAUCAGAAUAUCAACAACUGUGAUAUAUCCUGCAGGGCUUUUGCAGUUUCUUCUUUUCUGCUUUCUGAAUUACUGGGUAGAGAGUGGCUGAGGAGGAGAUUGCCAGAGAAGUUGCCUUGCUCAGUGCUUUGCCCCAGGAAUGCCUUGAAUCUGAGUGGACUUCAUCCUUUGCAGCAGCUUUGAGCCUGGCUCGUUUUCCUAUUCCCAUGUGUAGCUACUGUCUAGUGUCAGCUUUGCUCAAUGUGACGGAAGCAUUUUGCAGAACUGUUGUAGAAAGCUGCCUUAUAGUUGGCUUGAUGAAGCAUAAUUCUUUCACAACAAGCUUACAAAUCAUUACAGGGCAGGCUUAGCUACUUGAGUUGAUGUGGCUGAGAAAUCCCUUCUGGAAGAAUAAAUGGCAAGGAAGGGUUUUCUGGCACUCCAGGUGCACUGGCCAUUGUGAAAAACAGCUUCUGUUUUCAAAUCUUCCCUUAUUUUUGUUAUUUUUAUUUUUUUUCCAGCGCUUGGACCAGAACUUAUUCAUUGUAACUGAAUCCCCAGGUUCUGAUGAUGUCCUGGGCAUUUCUUGUCUUAGAUCAUGGAGUGUGCAUGUGACACUUAAAUAAUUUUCUGUGUAUUUAAAGAAAACUGCACCAGGAUAGUGUCUGUGCACAUGACUGUUGGAGGAAAGUAUAGGAAGUACAUGGUUUGGUAAGUGCCGUUGUGCAAUCUGAGGGCCUUACUUCUUCCUCCCCUUCUCCCUUCUUUCCACCAAAAGAAAAUAUUCCUCUUAAUGAUUUCUUAGUUCAGUUUACUGAAUCAUUGCCACCUGUAAUUUCUCUUUGGAUUGUGUAGACUCAACAUGAGACAUUCCUUUCUGCUUUCUGGAGGGCUCCAGAGGCCUCUCUUUGAUAAUUUUUUUUCGUCUGUUGACAAAAGCAACAAUCUUUUUUCAAAUUUAGCGCUGGUGAAAGUGAUUACCUUAGCCACAGGGUGACUGAGCAGGGACUUUAGAAGAAAAUCCUGAGCUUUCCUGUCCAUUCCCAGACAUCCAGCUCCUAUUCUAGUGCCUCUUCCCUGCAGGGCAGGGACCCCUUGGGAAAAUGAGGAGGUGGGGUGGGCUGCGCCAUGUGUCCCAGGUUUCGCAGGGCUCAGGGUUAUGCUCCCGCUUGAAUCUGGUAAAAAUGUCGAGAACCUGUGGAACUCCCUGAUUCUAUACCCUCUUCCUUCUUUCUGCGAGGCAGAGGAAUAAUAUUUUUAAAGCUUAUUUUGUUUUAGUUUUAAAUAGCAAAACACAAGCUGCAUAAGAAAGGCAAACCUUUUUACAAGUGUAGAAUUGGAAACUCUGGAAAAACUUACUGAAAUACACAAAUGCUUCUCUCUCUCAUGUGCAAUAUGCUUUGUAACUGUAGAUUAUAUUUUAUGUUUAAUCUGUAAAUAAGAAAUGUAUUUAAAUUAAAAGGGAGCUUUUUGUAAAAGGACCAAAUGUUCUUUUAUAAAUGUAAUAAGGAAUACCUUGCUCUUUAAAAUUUAUUAGGAUUUUUAUGAGUAAUUUUUAUUAAAAUAUUCUUUUUUUGAGUUGUCA